GCAUGUGGCGGGCGCUGGCGGGGGCGCGGCGGCUCCUGCGGCCGAUCGGGGCCGCGGCCGGGGGCGCCCCGCGGGCGGAGCCGCCGCCACCCCGGGCCGCGCCGGGUCGGGGCUGCGCGGCGGCGGGAGGCGGAGCCGGGCCCGGGGCGCUGGGGGCGGCGGAGCGGCGCCAGCCGGCAGAUACUGUUCUUCCAAAGUUCAACAUUGACUUGGUUGUAGCACUGCUGAGACAAGAAAAUGCUAAAGACAUCUGUGUCAUCCAGCUAUCUCCAGAAAUAAAAUACUGUGAUUAUUUUAUAAUUGUGAGCGGAUUUUCAACACGGCAUCUUCAUGCAAUGGCAAAUUACAUGCUGAAGAUGUACAAGCAUCUCAAAGAAGAAGGUGGUCCUCAUACUCGGAUUGAAGGAAGAGAGACAGAUGACUGGCUGUGCAUUGAUUUUGGUAGCAUAGUGGUGCAUUUCAUGCUGCCAGAGACACGAGAAGUUUAUGAAUUGGAGAAGCUGUGGACUCUUGGUCCCUACGAUGACCAGUUAGCACAGAUGACUCCACAGUCCCUGCCAAAAGACUUUAUAUUUGGACUGACUCCUAACAGCAGUGAUCAUCUUGAGACAAGAACAUAAAGCAGCUACUGCAUGGAAAGAGAAUGAGUGUGCCUGAGUUAUACAGCCUUGAGAACUGAGUAAUUAGUACAGUUGAUCAGUAGAAACCAGUGGUUUUAUUGGAUGUGCCUAGAUAGAGUUCCAAACAAACUAAAAUGAGCAGAGUCAUAGAAUCAUUAAGAUUGGAAAAACCCCUUAAGAGUCCAACCAUGAAAUGUCAAAGAAGGAAUCCUAUCUGAGCUUCCCAGGGGAGCCACUGUCUUAGUCGAGUUUGCAGUGAGAAGAGCUGGGCAAAGACAGCUGCUUAAGCUGGAACUCAUGCUCAGCCUCUAGAGUAAUUGUUUUUCUAAUAUCUUUGAAAGACACCCUGUAGUGGCAGUGCAAAACAGAUUGGAGCGCUGCAAGGAAGAACUCUGGAAUAGUACAGCUGAGAUGACGCUUGUGUUCAGCCAUUUGCUUCUGGUCACAAUAAAGCAAGUCAUGGUCUGAUGGGGGGACUGAAGACAGACUGGUGUUACUGAGAACAUAAAAGCCAAGACAAACAGUGACAAAUAAAUGUGCUUUGAGUUAUCAGAACAGUAAAUCAGUUUUCCAGCCAAGGCAAACCUGGUUUUAAUAAUAAAAAAGUCCCAAACUGAA